AUGGCGACCUCGGCGGACAGUGCGGAGGGAGAGGGGCCAAGGACUUUGGAUGAGGCCCUGCAGGAAGGUUCUGGAGAGGAGUCCAGACGUCAUCUUCAAGAAGUCCGAGUCGACGAGCAGGUGCAGGACCCUCUGUAUGAAGCGAGCCGGUCAGAGACUGUUUUGGUCGAGAGACCAGUUGCUGAGCACGGAAGCCAGGGAAAUCAUGUGGAGUCUCCUGUGUUCCAGCGAGAUUCCACCUCUGAUGGGCAGCCAGCACUGGUUCCUCCGACAGAGCAGCAAAGUUUGGGGGCGUGCGAUAAUGGCGCAGCUACGGCCCGGACGAGAUCCAUGGAGCGUCGUGAAGAAGAUGUUGGCCAGAUCUCGCGGUCUCUGAACUUUAUGACUGGUUUGCUGAGCACCCUUGUGGGAAGAGUGGACAGAAUGGAGCAAUGGCAGUCUGCCAGUGGUUCGGUGGGUGGCCAGGUUCCGAUGAGUACCGAGGAAGGAUCGCAACAGCCCACUCCAUCGGCUAUGACUCCGGCGACUGCAACUUCAAGGCCGACUGGUGCGUUGGGAACUGAAGACAUGGGUCGGCUGCAGCGGCAGUUGAAUCAGAUGUCUUUGGGGCAAAGUGGAAUCGAGCCAGAGUUUGAGCGACCCUUGGCGUCACUGGAAAAGGUCAUGGCUGGGACCUUCAGCAGUGAUGACAGCGAGACGGCUCGUCGUAGGGCGGCUGAGGUGGAGCGCGGGAUCCCAGGACGCCUCUUGGGACCGCUGGCGGAGACGAAUUGGCCCGCGCUUCUGUAUGGAGAUCCAAUGGCUUCUUCUUCGAUGCCGGAGUCUCAAAGUAUGCCACCGCUUCAGCAGGCUAUGGAGUCUCAAAGAAUGCCGUCGCUUCAACAGGCUAUGGAGUCUCAAAGAAUGUCUUCGCUUCAACAGGCUAUGGAGUCCCAGCGUAUGCCUUCGCUUCAACAGGCUAUGGAGUCUCAAAGAAUGUCCACGCUUCAGCAGGCUAUGGAGUCUCAAAGAAUGCCUUCGUUUCAACAGGCUAUGGAGCUUCAGAGAAUGUCCUCGCUUCAACAGGCUAUGGAGUCCCAGAGAAUGCCGAUGCUUCAGCCAGUGGGUGGGUCUACAACAAGUCGACAGCCGAGCGCCUUGGAGGAUGCUACCUUAGGUCAGUUCAAGCCAGCCUCCAGGAUCCCGGAGCUGAACUCAGAGCGAGAGGACCCACCUGGUCUUAGCAGGGGAAAGGGUGUCGGGGAUGUUGGCUUAGAGGAGCGAUCUGUGACUAUGCCGGCGAGUACGGUGUCCCCUUCUAAGGUCCUGAGGCCUAACGAUGUGCCUGCAGUUUCUGAGGCGAGACAUGGUUGGCCGAGCUCUUCGUAUGCGGUUACGACUUCAAUGGCCGCAGAAAGGCAUCAUGAGCCUUUGCAGGGAUCGCCCGUUUCAGUGGCAGAGCUUUGUCCUCCAGUGGAAGGGGGUGUGAGCAGUGGUGGGUUGGUGAUGAAUGCGCCACCCAAUGGUUUGGUUAUGGUGGAUGGUGUCUGGAGGGAGUAUCAGAUGGUUCAAGGGCAGAUGGUGGCGCAGCCUCUGUUCAGUGGCAGCGGUGGAGCUGGUUUCUCAACCUUGAAUCGUGGUGACAAUGGGAGUGCAGCUCCUACUGGAGGAGUACCACCUCCCCCUCCAAAUCCGCCGACUACGCCUAAGGCUUCGGGAUCAAGCUGGAAUCUGAAUGUCACGCCAGGGGGGACUCCUGUCCCUCCACCUCCUCCUACGACGCCUCUGACUACAUCAACUACCACAAGUGCAAGCUUCAGUGAGGAGGUCGAGGAGCCAUCAAAGUUGGUGACUAAGCUCCCCGCACUCCAGUCAGCGAAGGGUGGUGACGCAGCAGUGGUGGCGGGGGACUGGUUGGCCCAGCUGGAACCAAGUAUGAGCUCUUUGUCCCCGACGGCGACGAGGAGCGGGCUACAGUUUCUCACGGUGCCGGAAACGGGCAAUGGCUUGGAGAACACCUUGAACUUGGCGCGGAAAUGGAUCAGGCUUUUUCGGAGAGGCCGCGAGUUACAGGUGGUGCUGCCAGAUCCAAGCUUGUUGUGCCGUGGCCUGGACAAGUUGGUGAGUGCUACGUUUUCCGGGGCGGGCAACAAGCAUCCAUCUGCCUCGUUCAGGAUCGCCUCCUUCAAGUUGGAUCGUCAGUUAGAGUACCGUGCCACGGCCGUGGACAUUGAGGACUACGCCUACUUGAUCCUCGGCGAGCUGGAAGCAGCUCAGUUGGCACAGCCGCUUCCGGCGCAGCCCAAAGUAGCUCGGAUGGAUGAUCAAGCCAAUGCUGGCGCGGACGGCGGCGACAAAGGCAAGGGCAAGGCAAAGGGCAAGAAGCCAAUGCUGGGGCUGGCAGGAGCCGCAAGCAAUGGUAGUGGAGGGCAAAGUGGUGGUGCCCAAAAGUCUUCUUCGACUUCGGCGGCUACGGCUGGAACGGCUGGAGGGGGCGAGGACAAGCCACCAAAGAAGAAUCGUCGAAAGGGAGGAGGAAAGGACCGUCAGAAAGAGGCGGUGAGAAAGACGGAGGAGGAACCUCCUGUUGAGGACCCGGUCCGCGCUACGGCUCCUACAGUGGGCCCUGAGGACACCUCGGCCAGGACGGAGUUCUUCGAGGAGGCGACCAAAGCUUUGAAGUCGUUGAGGCUGGCCAAGAUGACGAUGAAGUCGCUUCAGAGCUCUUCGGGCGGCGGCGGGAGAGCUCUAGUGGACUCUGGGGCCACCACGUCUAUGAGAACGGCUCGUGGAAAUGAGGCGCAAGGGCUUCCUUUGCGGACGGUGCUGUUGGCCGAGGGCGAGACCGCCCCGAUCAUCGCGAUGAACGACCUCAUGGAAGUGGGCUGUCGUGUGACGUGGCGCAGCAGCGAAGGCUGUUCUGUGGUGCAUCCCGUCAAGGGCGACCUUGGCGUGCGUAUUGUUCAUGGAUGUCCUGAAGUGGACGAGGCAACGGGUCUGGACUUGAUUGCCGAGGCGGAAGCGAUCAAGUUGCGGAGACGAGAGGCCGAGUUGGCUGUCAAUCGUCUUGUUGAAGGCUGCGAGCGUACCAGACUGGAUGCUCGAAAGCUGGACCGGGAGCUGGGUGUCAAGGCUGCAAAGGAGCUCUACAAUGGUGUGGGGUUGUCUUGGGCCUGGCUUCAUCGGACUUUCCCGGAGGCUCCGUCGUGGUUGGUGUCGGCUGUCCCGGUAGUCGCCGGAACAGAUGGGAACCGCCAUGAGAGAAAGAAGUGGAGGAAGGCAUCGGCGGUGGCAGUUCACUUGUUCUGUGGGCGAGAUCGAGCUACGUGGAAGUCUAGCGCGGAGGUGGCCCAUGUGGUGACGGUGGACCAGGCCGAGGAUGUGAUGGCGGAUGCGACCUAUGCGGCUUUGUUGGACCUCGCGCUCACAGGCAAGAUCAAGACAGUGUUUGGAGGCCCUCCCUGUAGGACGUUUUCGGCGCUUCGUAAUGUUCCAGUGAGUACUGGGGAAGGACCUCGUCCUCUUCGUGAUCGUGAGGGCAGCGGAAGAUGGGGCCGCGAAGGACUUUGUGACUGGGAGACCUGGAGGGUGCGCCAGGACACGAUCAUGAUCUUUCGGAUGCUGUUUCUUUGGAUGGCGGCUGCCGCGGUAGCUAGAGCCAAUGGAGAUCGGGACCCGGACUUCAUCCUGGAGCAUCCUGAAGAUCCUCGUGAGUUCCUUAAGGGGGAAAACAUGGCGUCGCUAUGGGCCUUCCCGGAGAUUCAGUUCCUGAAGGAUGAGAUGAAGUGGUUUUGGUGGGGGUUUGAUCAAGGGCCAUUGGGGCAUCCUCGUCGGAAGCCUACGCGGAUCCUCGCGUCCAUGACUUGCCCGCGGGAGCUGUGGAAGGUUCGAGGGCCAUCGUCGGUGACCGAGGACGAGCGAGAUCAUGAUGGCGAUGGUUUUCGUUCGGCUACCUGGGCGGCAUGGGCUCCGGGCCUGAAGCAAGCAGUCAAGCGUGUGGUGGAAGAGAGUUUGGCGGGCUCCACGUUGGAGAAAGUAAUGAAGCUUGAUCAGGCCUUCCUGGAUCAUCUUCGCCGAGACCACACUCCUUUUCGGCGUGACUGCAAAGCUUGCUUGGCCGGCUCUUUUCGUGGCCAUGCUCAUCGGCGGAUUGUGGCCCCCGAAGCUUGGUGCCUGAGUUUGGAUGUGAUUGGACCUACUCGGCAAGGAGUGGAUGAGUAUUUGAAGAAGAUCCGCUAUGCUUUGAUUGGCACCUUGGUGGUUCCUGACAUGUUGGGAAAGCUUCUUCAGCCUCCCGACGAUGGAGCAGACGAGGGAGGUGGCGUUGGGCCUCUAGAUGAUGAUGAUCCCAUCUGUGAGGAAGGACCAGCUGAGGAUGGAGACGAUGAGGCCCCUGCGGUGGAAGAGGAGCGAAGUCGUCGCGAACUGGAGCGGUGGAAGGCUCGGGUGGAGAAAGACAAGCUCGACGGCGUGUCCUGUGUGGAGGUUCCCUUUGUGGUGAUCAUGGGUUCUAAGACCUCAGCCGAGGUGCUGGCCGCUACGAAGGACAUUCUGGUCCAAGUGAAGAAGCUCGGACUGGUGGCGCAGCGUAUACACUCUGUGUUUGUGAAGCAGCGAUCCUGGAAGCUCAAGAAGGAGGAGUUCGUCGAGAAGGUGGUGGCUGCAAAGAUAUUGUGUCCUUCUAUGGAUGUUGCUAGAGGCUUCCUAGUUCGCACGGAAGAAGGCAGCUAUCUGACCACCAUGGCGGCGGUUGAGAACGUCAAGGAAACUUCUGGGGAGUUUGUGGUGGAUGCUCCUCCUGUGCGUGCGGACGAAUCUGGGGUCCGGAGGAGGCUGCGGGGGAAAGUGGCCAUUGCCAAGGCAGAGCUUGCUGUGGAUGAGCAGGCCUUGAGGUGCGAGCAGUUGGAGGACGAGCAUCUCAUUCAGGAUGAGGAGCUGGCGGCGCUCUUCCUAGAGGCCGGGGACUACUCUAUGUCAGCAGUGGAGGAGCUCCUUGAGAGUUUGUGGCUUAAGGAGCACUUGGUUCCCGGUCGUCGCCCGGAGGUCUUUGAUGGGGCUCCUCAAGUCUCUGUUCAUGUGUUGGGAAUGUUUCGUCAUGGUGGCGUGGUUGGAGCAACUACGUUGGCGCGGACUCGCCCCUUCCUGACCAGGUUUUUGGUGGCGGCAGUAAAGGAGCACAGUGGCCCUGAUACUACCUUCACUACCCGACCCCUCAACUUCAACACGCCCAUGCAGUGCCACAAGGAUGGGAACAACAAGGCCGGCGAGACGGCUACGUUGAUUGGCUUCGGGAACUACGUGGGUGGGGCACUUUGGUGCCACACUCCAGUGAGUGAUGUGAGGGAAAGCAUGAGCUGGCACAAGGUCAAUGGCAAAUGGCUGCCAGGCCAUCGCUACGCGACCUACCACAAGGCGGUAGUUUUCGAUCCAUGCCAGCUUCACCAACCACUACCAUGGCAAGGCAACCGCAUUACCAUGACAGCUUACACGGUCGGCUGCCCAGACAAUUGCAACCAACCGCAUCGGGACUUACUGCAAGAGCUUGGUUUUCCACUGCCACCCCCCGGAGUUCCGGCUUUUUCGUCAGAAGGAGGAGGGAUCGGUGGCGAAUGUGGAAAAGGAGAAGGAGAUCAUGACGCGGUGUGUUGUAUGUCUGGAUGUCAGGGACCGGGGGAGAACCUGAACUCGGAAUCUCGUGAUGGUGUUGCUGGAGGGGGUCCUUUUUCAAAUGGAUGUCAGGGACCGGGGGAGAACCUGAAGUCGGAAUCUCGUGAUGGUGUUGCUGGUGGGGGUCACUGCAAAUGCAAAGGAUGGGAGGUAGAUCCCUCGCUAUGUCUUUGUCGUCUACCUGGUGAAGAGACUGGUGGUGGUGCUGCUCAGUUCUACAUUGGGGAUGACGAGAACGAGGAGUGUUCAGAAGACCCAUGGUUUCAGGAGUCGUGGGGUGCGUUUGGUCCUCCAAUGGUUGCUACGUUGAAGCCGGCGUCGUCCGAGGCUGAGGUGUCUUAUGAGAUUGUGGCUUCGGAGGCCCCUUUGGAGGUAGGUUGGGAUCUCUUCGAGGGCUACUUGGAUGAGGUUCGAUGUCUUCUGGUGGAGGAAGAGAACUGGGAGCGAGCCCUUGCGGAGGAUCAGGAUCAUGGCAGCCUCGCGGCUUGUCAAGUGAAGCGCUGGAAUGCCAGCAGGGAGGAUUUGGAGUCCGAGAUGGAGCUCUGGCAAAAGUAUGAAGGCUCGGAGGAGGACAAAGUGUGUGUGGCUGAGCUUGUUGAGGGCGGCGACGAGGCACCGCUGCAUACGAAGACCAUUCCCAACGAGGUGGUGAGGAAAGAGUUGGAUCGAUGGGUGCCCAGCAUGCUGUCCGAGUACGAGAGCUUGAUCCGGGAGAAUGAAGCAGUGGAGCCCUUCCCGGAGGAGAAGCUGGAGCAGUGGAAGCAGGAAGGCAAGGACUUUGACCUAGUGCCCGGGAAGACAGUGCACACUGUCAAGGCGUUCAUGGGCCGGCUCAAGACUCGGGCCGUCAUCUGCGGGAACUUCCUGGGUCAGAGUUUCUCGAAGGAUCAGAAGUACGCGGCCGGGGCGGAUGGGGUUCUUACCAGGAUCGCCCUGAUGGGUGGUGUGUGUCAGGAAACCAUUUGGCGCGUGAAGCGCGCGCUUUAUGGAAUGGUUACCUCGCCUCGCUCCUGGGAGGUGUACCGCAACAAGACCAUGGCCCAGAUGAAAGGAGCCACUUCGGAAGGAGAGGUUCGGUUUGUGCCCUCGGAGAUCGAUGGGAGUUUGUGGUACAUUCAAGUCGGCGGCCGUCGAGCGGGAGCUAUUUUGUGCUAUGUCGACGACCUCUUGAUUGCCGGCGAGCCGGAGGUGGCCAAGGAAGCAGCUCGUGUCAUCGCGAGCACCUGGAAGUGCACCGAGCCGCAGUGGGACAAUGUGGCUUUCAAUGGGUUUGAGAUUUCCUGCUCCAAGCAAGGGCUCACGCUUCGCCAGGACAGCUACACCAAGGACCUCCUGGCCAGGACCGCUCAGACAAUGGCGGGUGAGCUACAGUGGUUGGCUGGGCGCUGCAGGCCGGAGAUCCUGUACGCGGUGAAUCUGUUGUCGCAGGCCAUCAGCAAACGACCGAAGGAGGCGGUCUACCGAGGGGGGCACUUGAUCAAGUACCUCAAGCGAUAUCCUGAAGGUCGAAGCCAACAGGCAAUCAUGGUGUUCGUCCUGGGUGGCUUGGUGGCUUGGACAAGCAGCCGGCAGGCCUUCGUCACCAUGUCUACAGCAGAAAGUGAACUGGUGGCGAUUUGUGAGCUUACUACCUGUGUGAAAUCCGUGGAGCAGCUGGUGGCCGAGAUCAUGCUUUCUUCGAAGGACCGCAGCUGGCGCACAAGGCACUUGAGGAUCAGGGGAAACAUGAUCCGAGAACUCCUCGAGCUACCAGAUUGGAUGGCGUUUCAUGUUGAUGGUCGCAUCAUGCUCGCCGACCUGGGAACCAAAUCCCUGCCCGCAGAUCGUUUUGGUUUCCUUGUUGACAGAAUGAGGGUCACAAGGAAGCGCUACAGCCCAGGUGCCAACACCGUCAAUGCGACACAGGCCAAGAAGUUGAUCGUUUUGUUGUGCUUGGCUUCUGUGGUGGAGCGAGGGGAGGCAGCCGAGAUCGAGACGCAGGAGCCCUUCGAUUACAUGUUCCUCGGUGUGUGCAUGGUUGCGGUCAUUGCAAUUUGGGAGUCCUUCAAAGCGGUUCUCGGCUACAUCAAGCAGUGCUGCAGAAGUACGGGAGUGAGUCGGGGGGUAGAGGAGCAUGAUAGGUCGAUCCGCCCUGGGGCGGUGGAUCCCGUCAGCUCAGACUCACUUCGCGACUCCUCUUUGGAAACUGCGGGGCUGCGCGUGAGGACGAGUCGACUCACCGGGGAGAGGAGGCCUCCAACACCUCCGAUUCCGGAACCUCUACAUGAUGACUGGUUCCCCACCACAACGAACGACUUCGUGAUGCCCAGUGGAAAGCGCGACUACUGGGAGAUCGAUGAACGCCGUGGUGUAGCAAUCCGCUACCAUCCCACGGCAAGGCUAAAUCUGUUCGUUCCAGGACAAGCGGCCGGAGGUCCGCCGCUGAACAGGUUUACCGGUGAACGGCGAACCCUUGGACGCUUGAGUUCGGGCCAAGUAUUGGUCCAUGUUGAUGAUUUCACGCGACUUAGCAAGCCAGCACAAUUGUUGGCCAACAAAGAGUGGAGAGGACGCACUGAGUUGCGUCUCAAGAAGACGUGA